CCAAUACAUGCUAGACGUGUCUUUUCUUCAUUAAACUCACAGGAUAUUUUGCAUUUCAUAUGUUCGUUACCAACAGGAAACGAUGAGGAUGGUAGCUGGAACAGCCCCUCCAUUUUGUAUUACAUCCGGAAUGUCAAUACUAGUAACUGUUAAGACAUCGGAUCCGACCAUUUUGUGCGAGCUACAGUCGGUGUAAUUAUUAAUGAACGAAGGCUAUAAUAAUGGUGGCUGCAUGAAAAAGAGCUGCCGUUGCUGUGGCAGGGAUCUAGUUGCAUCUGCCGUACAGCUGUACAACAGCGCUGGCAGAUCCUCGGGAUUCACCCCUGCAGAACCCAAUCCAGGUUUUUCUUUUCUAUCAUUGUUGUGGUCUCCUUCCAAGUGCAAGGUCCCUAGCUGACGUUACCGCCAAACCGUUUGUUGACUCUGCGGAGUAGCUACCUGUCGCAUUCAGCCCUAACGAGUCGACGAUUCAACCUGGGUGACGAGAAACUAAACUUGGAAGGGGUUUGAUUAAGAGGCAAAAUAGAGCAAGAACUGUGCCAGUUUUGGCCAGCAAAAUGAAAAUCUCCUGGUGGAUACCGUUCACAUUCCUCGCCUCGACAGUUUCAUCGACAUCGACAUUCGAAGCAACAGAGAUAGUGACAGAGAUCCCUUUAUUGCCAUUUACUCCUCCUCAAGAUGUGCAGGCGACGAAUAGCCAACGAGCCUUCCGAGUCCUGCAACUCCUAAGAAAACGCGCAGACAACUGCCCGAACGGAUACAAGGGCUGCUCCAACAUGGGCAACUCGCAAGUCUGCUGCCAGGACAACGCAAGAUGUACCAAGGAUAACGCGAAUAAUAUCGCCUGCUGUCCCACCGGUGCGAGCUGUACAGGAAUUCUUGGAAGGGGCGCUGGAUCGUCAGGCGCAACGCAAACGUCAAGCAGUUUCUUAUUUCCUCAACCAGUCGGCGCUACUCCAACCACCACUUCGAAUGAGAACCCUCAGGUUACCGGCUCAACGCUCUCAGGUGCCGCCUAUCCAUUUAUAUACGUUCCAACGACAUUUCCGAAUGCUGCGAUGUGCUCUGCGUACUACUCUGCUUGCCAAACGGAUUUUGUGAGAUGCACCUCGGCCUUGGGAUCACAAUAUAGGGUCACUGUUGGGGGUAAUGACGGUGGUGGCCUGACUGUAGGUGGCGCGCCUGCUGCCUCAGAGGUCGCAUCUACGUGUUCCAGUCUAAGCAUGUCGGCUUGUCAUGGAUUACAGAUAGCCAACUGUCCCAGCUAUGGAGGCCAAGCAGGGGAUACUGGAAAUAGUGCCUCGGGGGUCCGGGUUGCUAAUUUGAAGGAUUUGAUGCUUGCGCUGGUGGUUGGGGUUACGGGGAUGUUUAUAUGAUUAUGAUCAAGGAUGGUUGCGCUUUCCUUACGAAGAUAUGUACGUUGAUGGUGUUGCCAACAUAUGCCAUGAUGAAUAUAUGACAUGAUGGUCUAUUUUUGUUUAGUUCCCCUCCAGUUUCCUUUGGAUAUAAUACAAAUGACAAUCUAUAUCAACGACUAACUGUAGGCCAUCCCUGGAGCCUUCUUUUCUUCUUUUUC